GCAACCCCCCCUCUAGAUCUGUUUCUGCAUGUAAUGAACCCUUGACUAUGAGUUGGGCUUGUCCGUAGACUCUAAUGUUAGAGUCGAGGCCUAUCUCGGCUCGGGCCCAAAGAUGCGCCACCGCGCACAGAAAAAUCAUGUGGUAUGGACACCAGAAGUGAGAAUGAGAUCCCAUGCGCGACCCACUGACUUAGAUAUCCACUGCCAAAACGGUUCAUGGUACAGGGUAUAGGGCAAGUCCAAGAAAAGGUCACCCUAGAAGAUUCCCAUUCAGCCGUUGGACUGAACUGGUACUGUAACACAGUAUGGAUGGUCAAUAUGAAGCAAGCUUCAUCGAAUUCCUCCAAGAGCUCUGUACUCUGUUCUGAUCAUUUUGAAGAUGCUUGCUUUGACAGGACUGGGCAAACGAUUCGUCUAAGACAGGAUGCUGUCCCAACCACAUUUAAUUUGCCGCCUCGUCAUCAGAAGAUGGAGACCAGCAGCAUGGCAGCAGGAGCUAAUGUUGGUCGUGAUGAGGCAUAUACCACCAUCAACAAUGCUGCAAUUGCAGUCACCACCACCAAGUCUGCUUCUGUCACUGCCAUCACCAUUGCCACUGCCAUUACCAAGACCACUCCUGACACAAAGCCCCCAAGUCCUCAACUGACCAGAUAUUGCAGCUGGAGAAGGAUAUACCAGGAACUUCAAAGCCAGGGCUUGCCAGUCUCCUACAAUAAGAAAAAUGCCAUGGGCCCAUCUAAUGAACUAGUAGUAGAAUAUUUGGCCACAGUUGUAGAAAUGCAGAGACUAACAUACUGCCACAGGUGAGGUUUUGUCCACAGUUCCAGAAGGACACAAAAUAGUAUCAGAAAGUCAUGCCAGAAUCAACAACUGAAGGGUUUGAAGAGCCAGAUAAAGAGCCUAGAAAUGUGAUUUAAACGUACUUCAAUCACAUGCACAGUAGGAGCAAAAACAGCAGCAAACACACAGGAGAUGUAACACUACAUUGACCAACAGCAACAACUACAGCAGCAUCAACAAUUUCUGCAGGAGAUGCAAAAACCACACUGGCAACCUCAACAACAUCAAGGUGUCCAACAAGCACUCCGGGAACGUUAACAGCAACCACAGCUUCAGCUGGAGUUUCAACAAA